ACUCAAAACAGGAACGCCUUGUAGCCUGACUCAGUUCCGAAUGAGAUGAGCCGCCACGCGGACAAACAGUGCCGUUUCUGCUUGGACGAAAAUGGAGACCUUAUCGCACCGUGUCUGUGUUCGGGCACCUCCAAAUGGGUACACCGUCGAUGUCUCGACAACUGGCGCACGAGCCAAUACAACUACCGCUGCUUUACACAAUGCAGCACUUGCAACUUUCAAUACAGAGUCAAAUAUCGUAAUGGAAAUCGUUGUAUGUCUAACAAAGUUAGAGUUCGUCUCUUCGUUGCGCGCGACAUCAUCAGCAUUCUUUUGUUUUUACAAAUUCUUGUCGCCGCUCUGGGUGCUGUAGUCUUUGCCAUCGACCGAGCGACUGGAUACAAUAUACUGAAAGAGAUAUCGGGAGGAGAUGCGAAAGUGGGCGUGUACUACCUUUGUGGGCUGGUGACGUUUCUGGCACUGCUUGGUCUCUUCACUCUGUUGGGCGUCUGCUGCUGCUCGAGUAAUGUAUGCCAAUGCGACGACGACGACUCUGAUCUUGUGUGUUGUGCGUACUGCUAUUGCUGCUGGUGGGGCUACCCGUGCUAUCCUUCAUGGUAUUGUUCACCCCUGUACUAUCCCCACGGGGCUGGUUGUUGUGGUGCGCCAGGAUUCAUAAAUUGUGCCGGCUGCGCCGGCGGUACUGGAGACUGUCAUGGAGACAACUGUGGUGGUGGUGAUGCUAGAGUGAUGAUAAUAAUACUUCUUGUUGUGGUUGCCAUUUUGGCUCUUAUUGGUCUUUUUGUGAUGGUUUAUGUGUUGGCCAUAGUUGGACAGAGACUGUUCCAGCGUCAUGUUGAAAUUCUGGCUCGUCAGGAAGCAUGUCGACAGCAAGAAAUCGUGGAUUUGUCAAAGAUAGAUAUGUCUCAAAUUGAAAAGUACGCAGUUGUGAACCUUGAGCCUUCUGCUCCACCCGAGCCAGACCAAGAUUCUUCCAGUCAAGUGGCACCUUCUGCUCCACCUAAGGAUAUGGUUAACAAUACGGAGUGUAGAGAAGAUGAACCAUUGCUACAUGUAGCUGCCAAUUCGUGAACUGUGAACUGUAUUUCCUAGCUAGGCUAGAAGUGCCCAUCUUACCAGAAAGGAACAGAAGUGGGAUGUCUGCAAUCUAUUGUAUUUUGCUGCUGUUUGCACGCUUGUUGCUGCUGCUUGUUUGUAGAUGCCUUUUUGUUUAGAGUUUGUUGCAUCUGUAGAAUUUAGUAGAGAAACUGCUAGACACAUUGUAUGUAUUGUCAGUUAUACAAGUAUCAGCUACAUCCUACUGCAUGUGUCUAAUUAUA